UAAAUAUAACGUAAGUGAAUUAUUUUAAAAGAUGAGUGAAGAGCAAAUUUCUCUGCAGUUUUUGACUAGUUCUAAAAGAAUUGGAUAUUUUACACCUGGGUGAGGCAAAAACAGAUUGAUAGGAGCUGAUAUUAAGAUCCUUGGGCUAUCUUUUAUGAUGAUUUUAACUCCAUCUGUCUGGUUUAUCUUUUGACAGCUUCCCUUGUAUGAAGGAUUCUAUAUUUGGUUAUUUGUUGAAGUGAUAUUUAUAACAUCAAUGCUGUUCGAUCUUUUGACAUUGGUUGAUGUUGGAACCACAGAUUCUGGAAUUAUCCCCAAAGCAACUUUAAAAGUUAACACAGACUAUAAUUAUUAUAUUGAACCAAGAAAUCCUGAUGCCAAUUUGAUAAAGCUAAAAAUAUGCAAAACAUGACACAUACUGAGGCCCCCAAGAAGUUUUCAUUGAAAGAAGUGAGGGACAUGUAUCGAGGUUCACGAUCAUCAUUGCCCAUUCACAGGAACAUGAAUUGGGAGAAGAAACCACAAAAAGUUCAUAAGAUUUUUGUUUGCUACAUUUAGUCAUGGUGUUGUAGCAGCUUGUUUAGGAAUAUAUCCUCUCUGGUUGAAGUAUAAUAAGCCAAUUACCAACCUUUAUAAAUUUACAUCAGUUAUUUUGAUGGGGUAUUCUCUUGUUAUCAUGACUCUCAUGUUCUUCUUUGGAAUGCUCCAUAUUUAUCUGGCAGUAACAAACGUCACCACGAAUGAAAAAUUAAGAGGGAGUUAUAAGAAAAAGACCAAUCCUUGGGAUCUUGGAUUUCAAAGAAAUUGGCACGAAAAAUCAGUAGUAAACCCUGAAACUCCUUCUAGUAUAUUUGACAAUCGUAGAGGCUUAAUGGAAGAUGAAGAACAGUUUUAUCAUUCAAUCCUUUCUAGAUAUGGAACUUUGGUCUGACAAAAAAUUGAAGACAAUGAAUCUACAGAAACAAACGACCAAGAGAAUGAGUUCAUUGAGUAUAACAAUCAUGGCCAAAUAAAGAUGAUGCAAAGUGAGGGGAAAAUAUCAAUGCACUCCAUUGAUAAUGCAGUAUAA